AUGGGAUUGAUAACUCGGACGGUCACCUUGACUAAUUUUCUGAUCGCCAGUUCAGCUCUUGGCUUUCAAGUCUUCGUUCUUUACCCGUGGCACAAAGAUCUAGACGCGGGUUUCGAUCAAUUGAAGAAGGAACACGUACGCGUUCUCGGUGCCGUAGGGGAUGGAUCCGGCUUGAUCAGAGACCGUAAGGCCGUCCGUUCUGCCAAGGACUCCUCACAAGUCAAGGAUGCAGAGCCCCUGAGAGCGGCGUCUCUCUACGCGAAAUAUGCCUUCGCCGGCGCCUUUUGCUGCUCGUUCACUCAUGCUGUUCUCACUCCUGUCGAUGUAGUGAAGACAAGAAUACAGCUCGAGCCGCUGAAGUACGAUCGUGGUAUCUUUGGCACUGCACGGCAGAUUGUCUCGACAGAAGGUAGCUCCGCUUUGCUCACCGGCUUUGGUCCUACUGUUGUCGGGUACUGCCUGCAGGGCGCGUUUAAGUUUGGUGGCUACGAAUUCUUCAAGCAACGGGCCGUAGACUAUCUCGGAUACGACACCGCGGCAGCGAAUCGCAAUGCAGUCUAUCUUGCAUCGUCAGCGGCGGCUGAGUUUCUGGGGGAUAUUGCACUCUGCCCGUUCGAGGCAACGCGCAUUCGGCUUGUGUCAGAGCCCACAUUUGCUCGCAACUUCGUCGGAGCAUUCACCAAGAUCGCGAAACAGGAGGGUUUCACCGGCUUCUACUCAGGAUUGAGUCCUAUAGUACUCAAGCAGGUUCCAUACACAGCGGCGACAUUCCUCGUUUACGAAAAGGCAAUCCAGGUCGCCUAUAGUAUCUUCGACCGAUCGACACUUUCAUCUGCCGGGAUGACCGGCAUCAACCUUGGAUCGGGACUAGUAGCAGGUGUCGCAGCUGCUAUUGUAUCCCAUCCGGCGGACACCGUCUUGAGCAAGAUCAAUAAGGAGAAGGGUAUCCCUGGAGAAAGCACACUUCGACGCUUGGUUCGGAUAGCAACUGGGCUGGGCUUGCGCGGCAGCUUCACCGGCCUACACGCGCGUAUUGUCAUGGUCGGCGGUAUGACUGCUGUGCAAUUUGCAAUCUAUGGUGACAUCAAGAGGGUAUGA